AUGGGAUUAAGUUUUGAACUCACCUGGUUGGGCAGAAAUGACAGAGUUCCAGGAUGCUGGAGCUGCCCAUUGUCACUAACCGCCAUUGUCUUCAGCAGUGGACAAUGGAACCCGGAGGUUCCUAACUUCGCUCGUAUAUUGGACCUCUUUAUCGACAGAGAAAUACCAUUGAUGCUCUGGAAGAGAAGAUUUGCUGCGGGAACUACUUUGUCCAGACCUGUCAGGGAACAAGAGCUGAGGAAACACGAGAUCCCUGAAGGUAUUGUUACUUCUGAAGAUUGGCUCCUCCCUUGGAAGGCUCCUUUUCCUAAUCAAAUCCUGAAGAGCUUAGCUUCUUUCACUAAACGUGGAAACGUGUAUUGA